AUGUACGCCAACGCAAUCGUCGCCUUCGGCCUCGCCACCCUCGCCAGUGCCCACAUGAAGAUGAGCUCUCCCGUCCCCUACGACAACGCCAACCUCGACAACAGCCCUCUUGAAGCUGAUGGCAGCAACUUCCCCUGCAAGUCAAGCAGCUACAACGCCGCUGGUGCCUCCAACGUCUACGCUCAGGGCGCCACUGGCGACUUGGCUUUCAUCGGUUCUGCUGUCCACGGCGGUGGAUCUUGCCAGGUCUCUAUCACCUACGACGCUAAGCCCGACAAGAACAGUGUCUGGAAGGUUAUCAAGUCCAUUGAGGGCGGAUGCCCGGCCAAGAACACCGCCGGCAACCUUGGUGACAACGCCAACCAGGCGGGCAAGGACACGUACGAUUUCACCAUCCCCAAAGAUAUUCCCGCCGGUAACGGUACCAUCGCUUGGACUUGGUUCAACAAGGUCGGCAACCGCGAGAUGUACAUGAACUGCGGGCCUGUCACCAUUACCGGAGACGCUGGCUCUAAGACUUCCUACGAAGCCCUUCCCGACAUGCUUGUUGCCAACAUCAACGAUUGCAAGACCACUGACAGCAUGGACCUCAAGUUCCCCAACCCGGGCUCUUCUGUUGACAACUUUUCUUCUGGCACACUCGCCGAGCUUCCCGAUACUGCGGCCUGCCAAGCGUUGAAGGCUGGUGGUGGUUCAGGCGGCGGCUCUACCGGCUCUCCCGCGCCCAGCUCUACCGCUGGUAAUGGAGGUGCCGCGCCCACCUCCGCCCCGGCUUCGUCCCAGCCCUCCGCUUCCAAGCCUACCGGCAACGCCUCCCUUCCUGGCGGUGUCUUCAUCACCGUUCCCGCUAACGGUGGUGCCUCGGCCACUCCUACUGCCUCUGCCUCCGCUACCAAGGCACCUGCAGUCACUCCCAGUGCUGCCCCUUCUGUCGCCCCCUCCGCCGCUCCUUCGUCUGGUACUGGAAGCGGCAACGGAACCACCGCCGGUGCUCAAACUGUUGGCGCCGCCUGCACUGAUGAGGGCGCCUGGAACUGUGUCGGAGGCAGCUCAUUCCAGCGCUGCGCCAGCGGUACCUGGUCAUCUGUGCAGGCCCUUGCCGGCGGCACCUCUUGCACUGCUGGCAUGAGCUCUGAGCUGAGCAUGGUUGUGACCCGAAACGGCCGCAAGCGUGCUCUCCGCCAGCGCUCCCUUCGCUUCCGUUCCGCCUAA